GUUCAGAUGAAGGGCCAUGCCCUCUUCAAAAGGGAGAUAAUCACCAAAUCGCAAAAAUAGGGUGGGGUCAUUUAUGAAAUUAUGAACAACCAUUCAUUUUGUAUUAGGUCAACUAUUCAGCAUGACAGAUUACAAUUCGCUGGGUGUUAACUCCCUACUUAUUCCUAUAUUUUCCUAUAAACUUGAAGCUUCCUAUAUUUUACCUAUAAAUCAUUAAAAGCCCUAUAUAUGAAAAAAAAACCUGACAGCCCUAUUUUCAAAAAUAAUAAAAAAAAAAAAAAAAAAAAUGGAAAAAAAAGAAGAAAAAACCAAAAAAAUCCAGGAGCUGAUGCUAGAUUGAUAUUCAAUUAGAUUGUUAUGAUGAAAAUAGCUAUGAUGAUUGUAUAAGAACUGUCUACUGCAUGGAAAACUGUUCACAUCUGAAAGGAUUUUGUCUUUGUUGAUGUUUAAUAUUAUUUCUUGUCCAGUAAGACACUAUGCUUGCUAGAUUUUUAUGCAGAAACAAUAAACUUUUAUACAAAUUCUUUAAUAAAACCCUAUUUAUUCCUUUAAAUCUGCUGUAAAAAUCCCUAUAUUUGCCCUAUAAACUGCCCAAAAAAUUCCUAAAAUCCUAUAUUUUUUAGAUCAAAAGUGGCUCGCAAUUGCAUUUGUAAAAUCAUUAUCUAAUUUUCAAUACAGAGAGAGAUCAUUAAUGGUUUUUUGGUUUUUUUUAGGUUGACGUUGUUUGAUAGUUUCUAGCUCGCCUGAGCUUUUCUGAUCGCAUGUUCUCUGUCAUCUGUCUGUCCGUCUGUAAACUUUUUACAUUUUUGACUUCUUCUCCAGAACCACUGGGCCAUUUUCAACCAAACUGGGCAAAAAGCAUCCUUGGGUGAAGGACUUUGAAGUUUGUUUUAAUGAAGAGCCAUGCCCCCUUCAAAGGGGAGAUAAUCACAAAAAUGUAAAAGUAGGGUGUAGUCAUUUAAAAAUCUUCUUCUCAAGAACCAUUAGGCCAGAAGACCUGAAAUUUAUAUGAAAGCUUUCUGACAUAGUGCACAGAUUCAAGUUUGUUAAAAUCAUGGCCCCUGGAGGUUGGAUGGGACCACAAUAGGGAAUCGAAGUUUUGCAUGCAAAUAUAUAGGGAAUAUCUUCACGAGAACCACUGGGCCAGAGGAGCUUCCUGACAUAGUACAGAUUCAAGUUCGUUAAAAUCAUGAUCCCCAGGGUAGGUUGGGGCCACACAAUAGGGGAUCAAAGUUAUACAUAUAAAUAUAUUGAGGAAAUCUUUAAAAUCUUCUCAAGAACCACUGGGCCUGGAAAGUACAAAUUUGCAUGAAAGCUUCCUCACACAGUGCAGAUUCGGGUUUGUUAAAAUUAUGGCCCCCGGGGGUAGGAUAGGGCCACAAUUGGGGAUCAAACUUUUACAUACAAAUAUAUUGAGGAAAUCUUUAAAAUCUUUUCUCAAAAACCACUGGGCCUGGAAAGUACAAAUUUACAUGAAAGCUACCUGACGUAGUGCAGAUUCAAUUUUCUUAAAAUCAUAGCCCCUAGGGGUAGGGUGGGGCCACAAUAGGGUAUCCAAGUUUUACAUAUAAAUAUAUCGGGAAAUUCUCUAAAAAUCUUCUGAAAAAGCACUGGGCCAGAAAUGUUUACAUUGUUUAAAUUAUGCCUCCCCCCCCCCCCCCCCCCCACUCCCCAGGGGAAGGGUGGGGCCACAAUAAGGGAUUUCAGUUUUACAUACAAAUAUAUAGGGAAAAUCUUCUCCUCAAGAACCAUGGGACCAAAGAAUUUUACAUUUACAUGAAGAGACAUGAUUUGUCGAAAUGCGCAUCUGGUGCAUCAAAAUUGGUACUAUAUAAGAUUUACAUGAAAGAUUCCUGACAUAGUGCAGAUUCAAGUUUGUAAAAAUCAUUGACCCCAGGGGUAGGCUGGGGCCACAGUAGGGAUCAAAGUUUUAAAUGCGAAUAUAUAAGGAAAAUCUUUAAUAUGGGCCAAGGUAACUUAGGUGAGUAAUGUGGCCCAUGGGCCUCUUGUUUUUCUCCAUUCCUGUACUUAGAAAAAUACUCAUUCACCUACUACAUUCAUGUCCUUACUGUUGUAUCUUGAAUGUCAUAGUCAUUAGUAUCAUGUGUUUUUUUUUAAUUGAGGGAUGAGAGUAAUUUAUUAUUUUGUGUAUUGUGACCUAUGAGUACUGGUUUUAUGUUUGUAGUAAUGUUUUGUUGUACAUAAGACCAUAUUUAUUCCACCAAGACUUUUUUGUAUCCGUGACACAGAUUGAAAUCAUUUUUAUGUGUGCUAGUAUUGAAAAUAUUUCUAACUCAGACAAAUUUCUACUGUAUAUUUUUAUUUGCAUUAUAUGUAUUUGCAAACUAUCAAUGUUUCUAAAAAUGAAUGAUUUUCAAGCAUAUCUAGCAUUUCCUGGAGUGAAUAUGGUGUAUAUAACAAUAUGUUGUUUCAUUUGAUAGCAGAUUCAGUUUUUAAUGUAGAAUUAAUAAAAAUAAAAAAUAAAAAAAGAAGAAAUCUAUGGA